CGAGUUGCGACAUCGCGCUGCAGCCGUGUGGAGACCAAGGCUCCUCUCCAAAGAAAACAAAAGAAAGAGCGAUGGAAGCUGAGCGCCCCGUUUCCUUUGCGGGCACGCAAGAGAAAAGACCAACCAGGGCCCACCGGCCAGGGCCCAGCGGACAGAGCCCGUAUGCACCCCGUCGGCUCCGCUUGGCGACUGCCUGUCCCGCCAGCUCUUGAUCGACGCUCCAAAGUCCAUCAGCUCGCAGCCCGUCCGAUCAACGCUUCAGUUCCUCCGCCGAUCCGUCUCCUGCAGCCGGGCCCAUCGCGACGCAGCCAUGUCGGCAGACAUACCCAUCUUCAUCAGCAUCCCGACCGAUGCAUCUCCGCGACUCGUGCUCACAAUCACACGGACUCUUGGUCUGGCCUUUGGUAUCCUCUGUAGCUUUGUCUUUGUGUAUGUGUGCUUCCACCUCGGAGUCAACUGGUACCAGAGACGACACAACCCAGAAGCAUGGGCACAGAGUAAAGCAGAGCAGGAGCGCGCGAGCGAGAAAAUCUCCUGCAACUUUUUCAGGCUCGGCAAGUGCUUCUUCCGCCUGAGCUUCUCCGUCGAGGAGCACAAGCGCUCCCGAGGCCGCAAGAGUCUGCCCUUUCUGUUUGCCCUGGUCUUUAUCAUCAGCAUCAUCGUGAUCAACAGCGCCAUCAGCCAGAAGAAUCCGUCAACCAACACGUACGUGAUCCAAAUGAGUCUUCUGCAAGUCGGAUUUGUGCUGUGGUUCCUCGGCUUCAACGGCUUCUUGAUCAACAGAAUCAUGUCGUACCACAAACAACGGACUGAAGAGCGCAAGCGACUGGCCAAGCUCCGGAGACUGACUUGCAACCCUGGGUAUGCUGAUGCCGGCAUCCCAAAGCCCGAUCUGCCUCCAAAGGACCAGCCAUACUUGUUGCCGUCAAUGUGCACUGGUCCAUCUGCAAGUGGCCUCAGUAACAGCUCGGACGUCAACUUGACGCUAUCUGCCCAGUCACCGCCGGCCGACAGCGACACCGACGGCUACAGUGUCUCCUCUUCCCUCGACGAUCCACACUCGACUCUGUCCAGCACCCGAUCUGGGCCUCCCACCGACACGCACAAGUUCAAGAGGCGCAUCAAGCACAUCCAGCCGCAGCACUGGAAGAUCAAUCUGACCCUGUGGAACUCGAUCCAGAUCACCAACAUCUUUAUCGAGUUUUUCCAGCUGGUCUCGUAUCCGCUCCGGGAUCUCCUGCGCAACGACGCCUUCCAGGAGUAUAUCACGAAUCUGCAGCUCAACGACACAUACAGCGACGACGGCGUCAUUGCCCUGCUCAACUCUCUGCGCCUGUUCUUUUCGACCCUCUCAAGCGGCGUGCCGUCGCUGGACUAUGCCCUGCUGAUGCGCGUUCAGUUUGUCGUGGCGUGGUGGACCAUGCUGUUUGCCUGGGUCCUGGUGGUUGUCAGCCGCCUGCUGCUCUGGGCCCUCGCCCGUGGCCAGGAGCCAACCCAACUGGCUGGAUGGAGGCUUGGCUGCCGCAAAUUUUUGACAGGCACAUGGAUCCUGUACUUCAUUCCGCUUGUCAACCUCUUCUACAUGAUCCUGCUCAACGCCUUUAUCGAGCCGCUGGGCUGUCUGAUCAGCAACACUGUGCCGCCCUGGCCGCCACGCACCGACGCAAACCACUCACAGAUGGUCCAGAAUCGCCUCGAUGCUAUCCAGAGCCGUAUUGCAUACUGCGCCCCGAUACACGACAACAGCCCCCCACUCAACACAUGGUUCGCCAUGUCAGGUUAUCUGAUGUGCUACACACUGCUGACAAUGUUCAGGUAGGUCACGUCGAAGGCAAGACCAGACUUUAUGAAAACUGGGGCUGUCGUUGCUGUGGUGCCUGCCGGGUGAUCGAUGUUUGUCAAGUCCUUGGCUGGGUCGGUACCGAUCUUGCUGCAUGUUGGCUCGAUAUCGAGAUACGGCCAGGCUUUGUGCCUACAACCCAGCAUGGUGAGCUUGCCACGAUUGCCG